AUGGCUACGGCCAACAUCUCGUCGAAUCCCCUCGCUUCCGAGCUCCCGCCGCUUCCAUCAUAUACCAUAAACCCGCUUCCACCUCUAAUUCCUGGAGUUCCCGACGCAUACAUAGCGCUCGCCUUACCCGUGAUCGGCUACUGGGUCGUCUCGGGAAUCUUCCAUUUCAUCGACAUCUACGACCUCUUUCCCCAAUACCGACUCCAUACCCCCGCCGAAAUCACCUCCCGAAACAAAGUUGGACGAUGGGAGGUUUUCCGCGCCGUCAUUAUUCAGCAGGUCAUCCAGACCGUUGUGGGGCUUAUGUUUUCCUGGACCGACCCCCCGGCUAUGUACGGCAAGGAAGAUUACGAUGUCGCGGUGUGGGCGCAACGCAUCCGACUCGCCCAACGAGCCGUGCCGGCAGUGCUCGGAAUCGUUGGGUUGAACGCGAACGGUCUCGCGAGCAAGUACCUGAAGACGCAGCCCAUGCUCUCGGGGGUUCUUGCGGGUGGAAAAUAUCCCUGGGUCACGCAAUUGAUCGAGAGCGACGGCAUUUCUCAGAUUGUGCCGGCUUUCACGGGCUGGGAGAUGGGCCUAGCCAAGGCGAUUUAUUGGGCCAUCAUUCCUUCUAUUCAGUUCGUUGCUGCGCUCCUCAUCAUGGAUGCGUGGGAGUACUUCUGGCAUCGUGCCAUGCAUCUGAACAAAUGGCUGUAUGCAACCUUCCAUUCCCACCACCAUCGUCUAUACGUCCCCUAUGCAUACGGUGCGCUCUACAACCACUGGUUUGAAGGCUUUCUGCUGGAUACCUGUGGCGCCGGUGUCGGGUAUCUCCUCACCGGGAUGACGACCCGACAGACUUUCUGGUUCUUCACCUUCAGCACGAUCAAGACGGUCGACGACCACUGCGGCUACGCACUGCCGUGGGAUCCUCUCCAGCACAUCACCUCGAACAACGCCGCCUACCACGACAUCCAUCACCAGAGCUGGGGCAUCAAAACCAACUUCAGCCAACCAUUCUUCAUCUUCUGGGACCGGUGGAUGGGAACCCGGUGGAACGGAGACGUGAAGCUGCGAUAUGAGCGAGACCGUGCGGUAGCGGAGAAGAAGAUCGCGGAGUGGAAACGGAAGGCAGAAUCUGGGGAAUCUUCCGACAGUAGCAUUCCGAUCGUGCUUGUCGAGCAGGAUUCUGAUUUCAAUGCUUCCGAAGAGGUUACGGACGAUUCUAGGGCCCUAUCGGAAGGGAAAGAAAAUCAACCGGUCGGUCGACGAAGUCCUCGGAAACGCCAGACGGCCGAUGCGGGGCUUAAAGGGCUUCGGGAGCGGGUCGGAGGCGGAAUACACGGGAGGGGUAGUGGUUUGCUGGAUAUGGAGGGGUCGAGAUAA